AUGCGGAUCCGCUACCCUUUCGCAGGAGCUUUCGCUUUCCUCCUAGUCCUGUCCGGAUACAUGGGCCUGCUCUCCCAUAGCACCUCCUCAUCAAUUCCUACGAAUCUCCAACCAAAUGACAAAUUCCUGCACCUCGUCACCUUCUUCCUCUUGACCGUCACCUUCUACUGGAUCUUGGACACCACGAGGCGGCGCACUCUACAUAUAACCCUACUCUUCUGCACACUCGGCAUGGGAAUCGGCUCGGAGAUUGUCCAAGGCCUCCUUCCAAUUGACCGAGCCUUCGACCCAUUCGAUGUCGUUGCCAAUGUCGUCGGCAGCCUCGGCGCAGUCGGUCUGUGCGGCUGGUAUCACCGUCGCAUGCUGGAGCGCCGCCGCAAGAGCCGCUUUGGCAUUGUGGACGGUGGAGAGGAGGAUGUCGAGCUUGGUGUUGGAGUUGGUGGCUCCCGGGAGGAGGAGGAGGAGGGACUAGGACCGCAAGAGUCUGGUGUGAUGAACUUGGAGCAGGAGGUGGAUAACUGGGAUGAGAAUGCUGUCGAUAAUUGGGAUACCGAGGAUGGUCCGGAGCCGACUGAGCAUCAAGCUGCGCCUCCAAGUUACCAUGAAAGCCAGCCAGCUGGAGAGGGCACUACGAAACGCAGCGAUUGA